AUGCCUCCGACCGAAAAGCAAAAGGAUAUCCCCCAGCGUCAUCGCUCUUUCAAGGGAUGCUGGACCUGCAAGAAAAGGAGGGUCCAGUGCGAUGAACUGCGCCCAGGCUGCCGGAAAUGCACUUCCAAGGGUCUCACCUGCGAGGGAUAUGAGAUCCGAUUGCGAUGGGGAGCUGGUAUCGCCUCCCGGGGAAAGUACUCGGGCGCCGAGAAGCCAAUAAAAGAAUCUAUACCCCCACGGUCGAAGCGAAGAUGGGAUAUGCGAGGGAAAGGGGACAGAUAUCCAUCAGGUGACGAGGAUGGCCAGCCUGUUCUGGUCCCUCAACAUCUGACGAAAAAUCGAGAACCCCAAUUAGUUGCUGAGCGGACCACAGUCAACAUACUCAACUCACCAUGGGAACCGGGUUCUUCAUUGAGUGCAGCUAUCAACAAACAUUUUGAGAUCCCUGUAUCCUUGGCCACUUUGGCUGCAACUGGUGUGUGUAGUCAGGGUUCAGAUAUAUCGGGUCAAUAUGUCCAGCACACGGGCCGACGGAGCAUUUUGGCUUGA